AGUCAAGCAUCAUGAUGUCUUCAGUUCAAAUUGCUUUAUCAUUUCAGGUACGGACAUUGUGCAGUGGCUUAUGAAGAACCUCUCCAUUGAGGACCCAGUUGAAGCAAUACACUUGGGAAGCCUUAUAGCUGCCCAGGGCUACAUCUUUCCAAUCUCGGAUCACGUUCUCACCAUGAAGGAUGACAGCACCUUCUACCGUUUCCAGGCCCCAUACUUUUGGCCUUCAAACUGCUGGGAGCCUGAAAACACCGACUACGCCAUCUAUCUCUGUAAGAGGACAAUGCAGAAUAAAGCGAGGCUGGAACUGGCAGAUUAUGAAGCAGAAAACUUAGCAAGACUCCAGAGGGCCUUUGCAAGGAAGUGGGAGUUCAUCUUUAUGCAAGCAGAAGCACAAGUGAAGAUAGAUCGGAAAAAGGACAAGACGGAAAGGAAAAUUUUGGAUAGUCAAGAACGGGCCUUUUGGGAUGUGCACAGGCCAGUGCCAGGCUGUGUGAACACAACGGAAAUGGAUAUCAGAAAAUGCCGGCGUCUGAAGAACCCACAGAGGGUUAAAAAGUCAGUGUAUGGUGUGACUGAAGAGUCCCAGUCUCAAAGCCCCGUGCACAUACCCAGUCAGCCAAUCAGGAAAACGACAAAAGAUGACAUCCGGAAACAGAUUACAUUUUUGAAUGCACAGAUUGACAGACAUUGUUUAAAAAUGUCCAAAGUGGCUGAAAGCUUAAUUGCUUACACAGAACAGUAUGUGGAAUACGAUCCGUUGAUCACGCCGGCUGAGCCGUCCAAUCCCUGGAUCAGUGAUGAUAUCACUUUAUGGGACAUAGAGAUGAGCAAGGAGCCCAGCCAGCAGCGAGUCAAGAGAUGGGGCUUCUCUUUCGACGAGGUAUUGAAGGACCAGGUGGGUCGGGACCAGUUCCUAAGAUUCCUGGAGUCCGAAUUCAGUUCAGAAAACCUCAGGUUCUGGUUGGCUGUCCAAGAUCUCAAGAAACAACCUCUACAGGACGUGGCCAAGAGGGUGGAAGAAAUCUGGCAAGAAUUUUUGGCUCCGGGGGCACCAAGUGCAAUCAACCUGGAUUCUCACAGCUACGAGAUAACCAGUCAAAAUGUCAAGGAUGGAGGGAGAUACACAUUCGAAGAUGCCCAGGAACACAUCUACAAGUUGAUGAAGAGUGACAGCUAUGCCCGCUUCCUCCGGUCAAAUGCUUACCAGGACUUGCUGCUGGCCAAGAAGAAGCCAGAAAGUGAGCAAGGUCGUAGAACCUCCUUAGAAAAGUUCACUCGCAGUGUGUGCUGCUGGCGCAGAGUCAGAAUGGCCGCUGCACUGCACCCCCGAGGUGGCUUCCUUCCAGCAGUGGGGAAAGUCGCUGGCGGGCAAGCGCCUCACCGGCCUGAUGCAGUCCUCCUGACGGUCCCCGCCGCAGGGCCCGGGCCCGACGACCCCACGGGCAGGCGGCGACGCUCCACAUCCGCGGACAGAGUUUCCCUACGGGGAGAUCUGGUCACUGUGAAAGAGAAGGAGUGAGGGAGAUGACGGGCGGCAGAGGGGAGACUCGGUGGGUGCCCGGGGACACCGUACAGAAAAAGUCCACAGAGCCUGGGGUCGGCCCUGGAGAGACCCCUGUUUACAACCCUCUCUUCCUUGUACAGUUGUGCGCCGACACCCCAUUCUCGAGGAGGUCCUUGGCCCUAACUCGUUCGGGGCACAACACCUGGCGGGGCUCCUGUCGUGACUCUCACUUGAGAUCAUGUUCUUAUUCUCGCCACUCUUCCUUCUGUCUGGGGGCUCCCGCCUUCCGGCAGACGUAAGAGCGACCCGCCGGCCGCGAGCUCACCCAGUAUUACGCCCCGCCUCCGCCCCGCGUCCGGUGCGCCCACAGCGCCCCCUAGAGCGACAGCCGCUGCGUCCCGACUGCCCCCUUUCUAGCCCCGCCCCGCGUCUGUGCAAGCCCCCCCUCCUCCGUGCAACCUGGCCCCGUCGCGGCGUAGCCGAGCGACCCCGCGGACUGCUCCACCUCCGGUUCUUUCAGCCCCCUGCAGGCCGGCUUUCUGCGGGGCCCCCACGGGCGUGGGGCUGCCCUCCUGUCCGGUCAAGGGCCUCCAGGGUCCGACACCACAGGAAGCACCGGUGUCCGUGAAAGAGCUUGUGGUUAAACAGCCGUGGAGGUCCUGACCAUCUUUGGAAACAUCUAUUAUUUCCGAAUCUAUUCUGGUGUUGCCCCUUCUCCUUGGUUUGUUCCCUCGUGUUUUACUCCAAAUAAACAUGGCCGUGAACUUGGGGGCCACUGGGAUCCUCCCCUCUGGCAGCCCCCCCGGGGUGAGGGCAGGUGGCUGGGUCACGGGCAUGGCCGGGCCCUUGCUGGUACAGGUCUUACUUGUGUCUGAAGUUGGGCCUGAAUCUGCUCCAGAGGGCCUAGGCCAGGACCAAUGGUUCUCUGCCAGCCCAGCAAGGGCACUCGCUAAACAAAGUUGAUCGUCAAGGGGAAAAGCAGACACAAAGAAAAACCUGCAAAAACCCCACUUGCACUCCCUUCGUGUGUAUGUCAAAACGAUUAUCUGCCAGUUGGCUGUGAGGUAAUAUAUGUAAAACACCGAGUCAGGUGCCUGACCCGUAGUAGGUGCUUAGCAAACGGUAGCCAUUACUCUCCCCGUUUUUGUCCUCAUCAUUAUGACUCCUGUGAGUCCUCAGACAGAGCGGUAUUGAGCAACAUGUUUUUGAAUUCAGACACUCACUCCACCUGCUAGAAUUAUCCUCCUUCGAUCUAUUUUUGGCCAUAGGUGAAAUUUUUCCCCGGGGAGUGUAUAAACAGCAAACAUAGAAGGAAAACAAAACAACAACACAAAAACAAAAAACAAAAAGUGAUCACUGGUAUUUCUUUACUUAUGUAGGCAAAUUCACCAGCUGGUGACCAAAGUCUCAUAAGCUUGUUUGCAAACCCCACCUCCUGGGUGACUCCAUGACCAUCUUUGCAACCCCACAUCCGAGCCAUCAUGUCUGAUUCCAUAGGGGCCCUUUCCCCAGGGCGCCAGCCUUCCAUCCCUCAUAGCAGGGCCACUGCAUUAGGAACCUUGGCUAUGGUUUUACCCUUGCGGGUUCUUGACCACAAUGCCUCAGUUUCCCCCACUGGCGGUAGUUGCUCUCUCUGCCGGGCACAGUAGACAUUAGGCAGACGACAUGUGUUGGGUCCUCAGGUUGUCUCCAGUGGUGGAUAGAUCCGAAUUCUUGUCAGGCACUUCCUCGCCCUGGUUGCACUCAACGUUAGCACAGAUCCUGGCCCUUGGAAGAUUCUCAGUAACGACUUGAUGAGUACAUGAAUGAAAUGAAGCCCUAUCCCAUGUUAUGGGGUUGACUCCUCUCCUUAUUCUGACUUUUUUUUUUCUUUAAUCUCCUUGCUUUUCACACAAGACUCCUUUUUCUGAACCAAAAUGCAGUCCACAUUUUUUUGCACCUAGCAUUGCCCCAAAGAAGUUCCUCCCUGUUAGGGGUCACCAAGCUGUGCUGCCAAUCAAGGCACAGGGUAUAUGGACAAAGAAAGUUCCAGAACAGCAGCACCUCUGUGCCGUCGGUUACCUAGGGCAAAGCCCUGGCUGCUCCCUGCCCUCCCCCAUGGGCUGUGGCCAGAGCAAGUUUGGCUUCCCUGGUCCCCAGAGCCACAGCUCCUGAGCAAUGCUGGCUGAGACUUGGCCAACCCUGGAGGUCCUCAGAGGGCCCACCCAGAGCCAGAGGGACUAUACCCCUGAGGUGGUGCAGGCUGAAGGUCUCCAAACACUUCUGGGGACCUCCAGAGGGGGCCAGGCAGUGGGUUCAAUAAGGGUAAGGGCAUUCCAGAUGCAUUCAAACCCAGAGCAAUAAGCCGCCUCAACUCCCCUCCCCACCAGGCAUACUCGGUCCUGUGACCACCACGUGCUCCCCAGUAGAUCAAGUAGAUCAAACCAAGCAACGUGGGUGGGAGGAUGGGGUGGCUCUACCCAGCUGGCCAGGCCAAGGUCAUCUACUGUGCAGACCUUAGAAUGCAAGCACACUUCGAAAAUAUGGUCUUUGCCAGUUCCCCACUGGCCCGGUCUACACAGCCAAAGCUUCAAACCGAUUAGACUUUUGAAGGCCGUUCUAUAGCAAAGCAGGUCUCCUUGCCUCCAGAAGCUUCCUUAGCUUCCCUGCUGGGCACAGUCUCUGGACCUGGGACUCCGCUUGUAGAAGGCUCACUGGACAAAUGUCAUGUUGGUGGCCCCAUAGUCAAAGCUUCGGGGCAGCCACGACAGGGGCAGGUACACAGGUACCAGGCACUGGACAUCUGAUUGAGAUUGCCUUUGCCUCAAGGGAAGAAGAGAACUUGGAAGUUGGCACAUGCAAAUGCCCAGCGGCAGCCAGAGGGCCUGGCCCAAGCAGCAGGACUCUCGCUGGGGAGAGGUCCACCCCUUGCAGAAAAGGAUGCUCUGUUCUACUGUCAAGUGUUGCCGUACCCCAGGAGCACAGUGGGGGCCAGCCCACCAGUGCCAUCAGCUGAGCAGGGCUCCAGGCCCACCAAGGCCGAGAGGGUCAGGUACAGGCCAGCACCCCAGAGGGCCCCUCACAACUCUGCGUUGUCGCUUAGACCGGUGAACAUGUGGGUACAUGGUCCAGGGAGGGGAGGAGGGGCUCUUCCUGGCAGGAUUGCUGGUGUGUUCAAACUACCUCACCAACAGGCCAUUGAACCAGGAGCCUGCCACCCAUCUGGCCUUUUUGCUAUUUGCGGAAGUUGAUGUUUUUCCUAAAAUGCGCCCCUCCCAUUGUGCUCCAAAUGCAUGAGCUUCAGAAGCCACCACCAAGAAGCCUUGUCCCCGUGCUGGAAAGGAUAGCAGCCUGUUGGUCUUUGGACCUUGCAGAGUGUGUUGGAGAGAGGUGUUCCAAGGUCUAGGAGCUGGAAAGCCCCAGGGGUGGGAGAAGAUAAUGGGCCACCAGCCUCCCACAGGCUGGCUGAGUGGAGUAUGCAGCAAGGACCAGGUGUGGCAUGGGUGAAUAGUGGUCAGAUGAGUCCCUGAUAACUCAACCUGGGACCCUCUGGAAAGAGUUCUGUGCUAUCGUAACAAUGGCAAGGGCUGAUGCCAGCAACCUACUCAUUAGUACCACCCAGUGAUAAGGCCUCCCUUGGGCAAGGCCCAGGGGCCAUCAAGUAGCAAAGUAGCAAAUGUAGCAAUAAGGGGCUCGGGGCCUUAAAGGGACAGGGUCCAAAUGAUCCGGUCUUGGCCCUCUCCCCAGUCCCAAGGAGGGCUCAGAGCCAGCUACUGUCAGCCGUUCAGGGAGGACUCCAGUUGUAUAUUCUAUGCCCGAUCACAGCAUGAUCACGGACACGUCGGAAUGGCCUUCUCAUAGUGCAUGUGGUUCUCAUUAGUUUAUUUUUCUGGAAUUUGGGGAUUGGACCCCAGAACCAAACAUGCUGGUACAGUCUAAAAAUAAAUGACUUGAACCCACUA